UUGUGACCCUUUUUCUCUUUCUGUCUUGUGUUUAGAGAUAAGCUGAUGGAGGUGGAUAGAGAAGAGUCUAGAGAGGAGGAAGUUGACAAGGCCUAAACGUGUGUGUCUGUGUGUCAAAUUAUUACCAUUAUUUUUAAAAAAAUCUAAUUUGGGUUAAAGUUGCACAAAAAUGGAAGUUUGGAUCCAUUGUUGUUGACCAGAUCUGACUUGCCAUUUCCUUUUCACCACCUUUUAGCUCAUCCAUACAUUCCAAAAGCCUGAACUGUGCUCCAUCUUUUCUUUAAGUCUUAAUUGAGCUUGUUAGGCAUGGAAAAUGUCGUGUUAAAACCCACCACUCACAUUCCAGGAUCAUUCUUAAAGAGAGGAGAAGAAGGUCAUAGUUUGGUUGAAAAAUGACUGGUUGUGUGGCUCUGGAGGGGUUGUGGGGUUACUUUUUGUACUGCCAAGAUAAGGAUUUUGAUGGAGGAGAUGUCUCCGGCGGUCGCGGUGCCAUUUGGGGUAGGCAAUUCAGUCUGUGAUAACCCAACCAUAGCAAAUAACCACUUGGAUAUCACAAGACUUAAGCUAAUGACCGACACGGCUGGCUUGUUAUCUGAUUCUGCUCCUAAGGUCUCCUCCGAGAAGCUCGAGGGUGGUGAGGAGGAAUGUGAAUGUAAUCGUCUAGAUAAUGAAGUAAGUGCUAUAGCGGGUUCGGCACAGAAAGAGGAUAGGGGAGGGCAAUCUCCUUUGUUGGAUAUGAUAUCUCAUAAUAAGAUCAACUGGGUUGCCGGUGAUGAUUCAAUAGUACACGAAUGCGAGGAAGAUGAUUGUUUAUCUGUGGAGGGUGAUCAGAUUCUUGAUAGCUCGGUGGCAAGUGAGAGUAGCAGCAUAUGUGGGGAGGAUUUUUUCGGUUUUGAUUCUAGUUUCGACGUUGGGACACCUAGUUCUGUGGACCUCGGGAAGAGCAUUUGCAGUGUCGACGUUGUUGCUAAGAUUUCAAAAUUGGCAGAGUCAAAUGUUGAUACAGAUAUUGUGAGUGAUCCUCUUGCCGUUGCAGUCAGCCUUGCAGGUGACAUUGGAGAUGGGUCUCACUCAAAAUCAUCUGAAGUAGUUCUUCAGUUGCCUGUGGAGAAAGGAGCAGUUAUUGCACGCAGUGUCUUUGAGGUGGAUUACGUGGCCCUUUGGGGAUUUACAUCUGUUUGUGGUAGAAGACCUGAGAUGGAAGAUGCAUUUGCGACUGUACCUCAGUUCCUGAAAAUUCCUAUCCAAUUGCUGAUUGGUGACCAUGUAAUUGACGGAAUGAGCAACUAUUUGAAUUGGCAGACUGUUCAUUUCUUUGGAGUAUAUGAUGGUCAUGGAGGCUCUCAGGUUGCAAACUAUUGCCGUGAUCGUCUCCACUUGGCUUUGGCCGAAGAGAUAGAGUGCGUUAAAGAUGGUCUGAGCAAUGUUAGUAUUAAGGAAAAUUGCCAAGAGCAGUGGAGAAAGGCAUUCACGAAUUGUUUUCAUAAGGUCGAUGCUGAAGUUGGAGGAAAAGCUAGCGUUGACCCUGUUGCGCCAGAAACUGUCGGUUCCACCGCUGUUGUUGCCGUUGUCUGCUCAUCUCACAUCAUAGUAGCAAACUGUGGAGAUUCGAGAGCAGUUCUAUGCCGUGGGAAAGAAGCCAUCGCAUUGUCAGUGGAUCAUAAACCAGACAGGGAAGAUGAAUAUGCAAGGAUUGAAGCAGCCGGGGGCAAGGUGAUUCAGUGGAAUGGACAUCGUGUUUUUGGCGUUCUCGCUAUGUCAAGAUCUAUUGGUGAUAGAUACUUGAAACCGUGGAUCAUUCCAGAACCAGAAGUGACGUUUCUUCCGCGGGCAAAAGAAGAUGAUUGCCUCAUUCUGGCCAGCGACGGUCUAUGGGAUGUAAUGACAAAUGAAGAAGUAUGUGAUCUGGCUCGGAGGCGAAUUCUUCUCUGGCACAAAAAGAACGGCAUUACGCUUCCCCAAGAGAGGGGAGAGGGAAUCGAUCCCGCAGCUCAAGCAGCAGCAGAGUAUCUCUCGAACCGUGCGCUUCAAAAAGGAAGCAAGGAUAACAUCACGGUGAUCGUGGUUGAUUUGAAAUCUCAAAGAAAGUUCAAGACCAAAACGUGAUGGUUUCUGUGAGACGUACGAUGGCCUGUGAACGUACGAUGAAAAACUCGUUAUAACCCGAUAUCGUUUUGCCCAUUUCUUUUUCACCAGGGCUCGAUUACUUAAAUGAGAAUGCCAGCAGCCUCGUAUGUACUAUAUAGCAGAAGAACAUUCCACAUAUUUAUAGAAUUUUCAGUGGUCGUAAGGGUCUUGUUGUAUCCCAGUUGCUGCUGGCUGUGUAAAUCGUAGAUGCAUGUCGUAGGAAUCUCCAAAAACAAAAAAAAAAAAAAGGAAAAAAGAAAGAAGAUGGUAGACAUUUGGAUGGAUUCCACAUGGUGGGAAAAACUGUAUUCAUUAUGCCUCCGAGUUCAAACGGCUCUGUGGGGUGUUUUACUUGGUAUUAUUUCAACCACGCGGUGCUUAUAAGAGUAGCAAAUUUUAGAAUUA